AUGAGUGCUGGAAGUGGCAGCAAUCUGUCCUUCAAGAGUGAGGAAGAGAACAAAAGCUCGAAAGAUGAGACCCCAGAACAACUCGUUCCCCUGAAGAGAGCAAGAAAAGUCUGUUCACACAGGCACACUUCAAGAAGAGGACGUGGUCCAACACAGCCAAACCCUAAGAAGAAAUGUGUCAACGGCUUCAUUAUGUUCUGCCGAAUGAACAGAAAAUUAUAUAUCAGAUCCUAUCCCGGCAUCCCCUCUACUACAGUCACUAAAGAGUUAGCCAGUCUAUGGCACAUCUUGCCCAAGAGAGAGAGACGUUUGUACUGCUUGAAAGCCUGGAGCUUCAGUCGCCAGCAGAACCGCAAUGUACGCGCUCAAAAACACGAGGCAGAAAUGAAGGCAGAACGCUCUGUGCCCCGUCCACUGCACAUGUUACUGGCCUAUAGAGACAAGUAUGCAGCUGUCAAAUGAAGGUCUUCACACCUCAGUUACCUACUGCAUUGAGAAUAUAUGCUUGAAAGGUCUAAGAAAAACAGGCCAAACAGA